AUGCAGGCCGCAGAGGCCGACGGGGAGGCCGAAAGAAAGGCCGGGUUGGAAUACCUUGAGAGCAUCCUGAAGUCACAGGAGUUCGCCGGCCGAGAUAGCAACUUUGUGAAGGAAUUGCUCUUGAACGCCUCUGUCGAGAGAUUCGUGGAUGACCAAGUCAUUUUCCAUGAGAAUGAUGAUGUCGACAGGCUGUAUUUUAUUGAAAAUGGCGAAGCUGCAGUUUGCGUAGAUGACCAACCCAUUGAGAAGAUCUCCAGCGGCAAAGUGAUUGGCCUUGGAGCGAUCUUCGAAACGUUGGGACUGCCCGUGACCAUCAAAGCCAUGGCGUCUUGCAAUUGCCAUUCGGUGUCCAGACAGAACUUGCUGUCAGCCUUGCAAAAGUAUCCGGAGGACGCCAACCACUUGCGGUCCUUCGCCGAGAGGCUAUGCAAGGAGGAGACGAGCCGCUGGGAGAAGCGUGGAGCCAUCCUCCGGACGAAGCGAAAGCUGAAGGCCAUCUCCGCCAUGCGCAACGGCCGGAAGUCGGCCUUGGCCACUCGCACCGUGAUGGAGGAGAUGUCGGCCACCUCGACGCCGCCGGAAACGCCCGAGGUCCACCAGGUCAGUGAGCCGCUGGCAUCGGCAACGACACCCACCUCUUCUCGGCCCUUGCAAGAUGAGGUCAAGAGGCGUCAGAAGCUUCAGAUGAUUCGCGCAGGGCUGGCAGCAAGGCAACGAGGUGAGAGUACUGGAUCCUCAUCGGCAGCGUGUAGAAAGGGCCGCGGAGUGCGGCUAGCGACCGAAAGCCUGGAGGAGAGUCCCGGGAUCGGCUUGCCGCUUGAUGCUUCACCAGAGGAUGAGACUUCAGAAGUGGCUUUCGAGUUAGACGAGCUUGAGCUAGCUGACCCCGAUGGAGAGCUGCACCGACAGCAUAGUCAUGAAAGUCAGAGCGGCUCACCACUUCUCGCGUCAGGCGGCAGGGCACGAACACGUCGACAGGGUUCUGCAUCCAUCCGCAAGGAUGAUGGGAGUCGCAGCGCACUGAAGAAGAAGGGCUCCAAACGGAGUUUUCUGCCUGUCUUGUCCAGCGCGUCGCCUGCAUGA